AUGGGGCGUUACAAGAAGGCCGCUGAAGCAAUUCUGUACGAGAAGGAGAAACAAGCGGAGGCUCAAAAGGCGAUGGCGGAGGCGACACUCUACUCCCGCCAACAAGUCGCCGACGGUGAAUUAUAUGCAAAACAGAAGGAGGCGGAGGGACUUGUUGGUCUUGCUCAAGCUCAAGGUACUUACAUACGCACACUUUCGGGUGCCAUGGGAGGUAACUAUGGAGCUUUAAGAGAUUAUUUGAUGAUCAAUGGAGGAAUGUAUCAAGAAAUCGCCAAGAUUAAUGGGGAGGCAGUUAAGGGUUUACAGCCGAAGAUUAGCAUCUGGACCGGCGCAAAUGGUGGUGGAGACGGCGGUGAUGGUGGUGCCAUGAAGGAAGUUGUCGGUUUGUACAAAAUGCUGCCGCCGUUGUUUAACACGGUUCAUGAACAAACCGAAAUGUUGCCACCGACUUGGAUUGGGAAGAUCACGGAAUCUAAAUAA